GAGGGGUCUGCCCGGGGCGGGGGGAGGCCGAAGGGGCGGGCAGGGCGGCUGACGUGGGCUCUGUGAGUCAGGGUGAUGCUCGUCCACGUGUCAGGGAGAUUUAAAAAGUUUGGGCAGGGAGCGGGGCACGGCCAGCGGCGGGCAGGCAGAGCAGGGCACCGCGGGCAUGGCGCAGCUCUGCCAGCAGCAGCUCCUUGCGGCCAUCCCCCCGCGCAGCCCGGGCAGUGGCGGGGUGCUGCCGGGGUCCCCGCUUCUCUUGCUUCUCCUCCUCCUCGCCUCUUCUGCGUGUGUCUGCAAAGGUGCUCCGAUGCCGUCCCAAGUGCUGGAGGCAGAGCAGGAACUGCAGCUGUGGAAGGAGAUAGACGAUGCCUGUUCUGCCUACAUGUCCACAGAUUCUCAGCCUCAGGUGUCCAGUACACUGGAAGAACUUUGUUUUUUGGUCAUGGGAUUUCUCCAGAAGCCACAGGGUUUAGAUGAAAAAGACAACACGAAAAGGUUCUUAUUUCAUUAUUCUAAGACUCAUGACUCAGGAAACUCAGACAUCAGGGAGGAUCUUCAAGGAGCUGGAGGGAUUCAAAGUAGAGGCUAUUUUUUCUUCAGGCCACGUAAUGGGAAGAGAUCAGUGGAUUUUCGCUAAGGAGGUAUUUAUUUAAUGCUUUCAUCAUCAUCUGUAUUGAAAUUACUUUAUUUUUAUACAAAUAUGCCACAGGAUUUACACUUAGAAAUAGAGUUCUGCAGACAAUCUUCUUUGAGAUAUGCCAAAUCCACACAUCUUUGUUUAAAUUGAGUAGAAGCUAUAGAUACUCAGUUCCUGGAAGAGAGAACGCAGGUGUUUCUGGAAGCAAGAAAUGGAAAAGAUCCCAGAUCUGUAGACAGUUUGGAAAGUUACCAAUGAUGGAUGAAAGGUGUAUGUCACGAAGAACCAAUUCAACUACCUGCCAAAUACAUACUGAGAAGUAAACUGACAGGCUGGGCAUACUCCUGCUGUUCUUACACAGAAUUAAGGUCUACCCUUACAUUGAAAUUAAGUGUGGACUUCAGGUUUUAAUUUAAAAUCACUCAAUUCUUUGGACACACACAAAAAACCUGUGCUAAUAU